CACACCUUUUUCUCUGCUGUAGAAAUUGCCCGAGUCUCUCUUUUGCCUUCUUACUCUCCCUAGCUGGACUGCUAUUGGCUGCCGUCCUGCCACUUCCUGUUGCACAGCUGCCUGGGAGAUGUAGUUCUCAGACUUGCCAGAACUCCACCAGUUUUGGGUCAAGAAAAGCAUUACAUGUUUGAAGUGUCUGCCUUGAAAGGAGGUCUCUCCUGAGGUGCCAAAAUGGAAAGUGAAACACCAAAACUUCAGAAUCCUGCAGAGUUCAAGGUCUCGAAAACUAUUUGGCCUCUUGGUCUAGGACUGAAAGUUGAUACCAUAUCUCCCUUUCUUGGGAAGUACCGGCCAUAUGUUGGACAGCCUUGUCAGACAUGCACCCCUAAAAGCAUGGAAGUCUUCUUUUACAAACAGUAUACUCAGUUGGGAUUUCGGAAUGCACUUCAUAUAACAGAGCAGGACAGCAGGUUUCGUGGCUGGCUAGUGAGAAGAUUGAGCUGUAUAGUGUUUAUUUGUGAGCGCUCAGCUGAUAAAGAUGUGUCCUCAGAUUUCUGUCAGAAGAUCUUAAAGCAUCCCAGAGUUCAGUCUGCUAAAGAUAAAGAUCUGACACAGGAUGAACCCGUUGAACAUGCAGAACCUACAACCCCCAGAUCCUUUCAGGAUACAACUCACAUUGAAGUGCUUGAGAUCCUGGGACAAAUCCAGAAGUCUCUGUGUCCAUGUCUCACUAGAAUUGUUCGCUGGCUUCUUGUCAAAGUACUGACUGCCAUGUUUCUAAACCUCCAGCUCCAUACCGGGCAGGUGGCUACACUACGAGAGGCAUCCAAAGCGAGUCCUGGGAUUCCUGUGGUUUUCCUGUCUAUGCAGCGCUCAUGGCUUGAUGGCUUGAUAAUACCUUUCCUGCUCUUUUCACAAAAUCUUCAAGUUCCUCGGGUAGCCUGGGAGAGCACACACUGCACCCCACUUUUCAGGACUGCCCUGCAGCACAUAGGAGCUGUGUUCCUUCCUCAACAGACAGGAUCACCGGCCUUGAGUGAAGCUGUUCUUUCCGUGUAUAUCGAAACCUUCCUUGCUGAAGGGCACUCUUUGCUUAUCUUUCUGGAAUCACCCUCCAACUCUUGUCCUUGCACCUUGUCACCCAUUGGCCAUAAGUGGGUGCAGCAGGUUAUUGCUUCUCUGAAGUCUGCGGCAGUGCCUGAUGUCCUCAUUGUACCUGUUGGCGUUUCCUAUGAAUUGUCUCCAGUCGGUAGUGCCUCAGGAGGAGAGGUUGUUCCGACUUCUUCAUUAGGUGCCUUGCGUUCCCUCCUGUGGUGGCUCCUUCCAUGGUCCGGCAGCUUAGGAUGUGCACGUGUGGACUUUGCUCAACCAUUUUCUCUAAAGGAGUACCUGUGCAGCUACAUGUGGAGACAUUUGGCUCUGCCUCUUCCACUGCAAAAAACUCUGCUCCCCUACAUUCUGGGCACUAGGAGCAGGAUGCAGGAAGAAGAGGAGCCGGAGGGAGAUGUAUGUGCAAGCGUGUGCAAAGAGCAGGCUCUGGCGGAUAGAUUUAUCCUGCAUUGCCUGAAAGCUGCCAUUUCCUGCUCAGCUGCUAUGCCUUCCCACAUCAUGGCUGCACUUCUCCUUCACAGAUAUAGAAAAGGAGUCUCCUUGUCCCGUCUCCUCUCCGACUUCCCUGCUAUGACCGAGGAAGUUCUCCUUCGUAGGCACGAUGUGGGAUUUUCAGGACAGCGCUGGGACUUGGUCCGCCACAGCCUGAAUCUUCUCAAGAGAAGCGUGUCCCUGCACUCGGUGCCUUCCCAUGACAUCUAUGUGCUGUGCCGGGAGUCACAGGAAGCCGCCAUGCAGCUGUGGCAUCAGAGUACCAGUUUGCUCUCUGUUUACCUCUAUGAAGCGCUCGGAGCCUGUGCAGUGCAUGCUAUCCUGUCACAGGUGGCCAUGCUUGGUGUAGUGGAGCUGUUGUUCACUCAGGAUGAGCUCACUGAGAAGUUGCUAUGCCUGUGUUCCUUGCUUCCCAGGACUCUGCUGCUCAUUCCGCCUUGCCAGUCUAUGUAUAUAGUGUGUCAGGAUGUGCUGGACAAGUUGAUUCAGUGCGGCCUUCUCUCUAUGCAUGAGGACCCCAGUGCUCCUUCUGCCUGCGAUACAGGAAGGAGACGUUUUGUAGACCAGUUGUUAUGGAGAGCAACAGAUGACGUGACAGACAGUGACAGUGAUUGCAUAGAAGAGAACAUCAAGCGUUACUACAAGCUGGGACGAUCAGAGCAUCAUGCAGUUUUCUUUGUGUUCCUGUGCCGCCUUCUGGGCCCCAUACUGAGGACAUAUAAACAAGCUGCAUUAUUCCUUCAGGAAAAGAGAGAAUUUCUGCAAGAGACCGAGUCAGGCUAUGUGCACAGGUUACACCAGUACCUUCUGCAGAAAGCUGAACAAGAUGGAUCUUUUGAGUGUGCCGAACGUUCCCUGGCCGCUUGUGCUGUGAAUACAUUCGUGGAUCUUGGGAUCCUUAGCAGACAUCUGGACGGCAGCAAUGAGCCAACACUUCAGCUUUCAGAGACAUUUCUCAUUGAGGAAAACUGCACGAAGCUUCUCUCCUUUAUCGAGCAGUUUGUGUAUGGCGACUAAAAUUUAUAACGUUAAACCUUGUACAUCACCACCUUCCGUUUUGCUUUUUGGGUGCAGUGUAAGCAUUUCUAGAAACAGAUCUCUCUCUUAAAUUUGCUUUAAGAUUUUGGUGAGCCAUUUGGUGGCAGGUUCUAGUGUAACUGGCUGUGCUUUGGCAUGGUACUGGCUUCCCAUAGAGUUCUCCUAGAGGUCAGUUGGUGCAGAGGGGCCACUGCUUAAUCCCUAAAAUUUACUGACAUCAAGCUGAGGUGCCAUUACAUUGUCUAUGUCAAGUUAUUAAGAAAUAUACAAAGCUAUGUAGGGCCCUGUUUCUUAAUAUUAGGUGCAGAUGUUUCUCAUUAUAUGGAUAUGCAACUUCUGGGUACCCAAGGUCAACAGACAGUCUGCAAUUGGCAUUUUUGUUGGGAAGGUUAAGAUGAGAGUGAACUGGUUCUCUCCACCAUGAUAAACAAUUCUUGUACAGCGACAUUAGAGCUUUAGCCAAUCGGGAGUAAUUAGCCUUAUCCAUACACUGGUAUUUCCAAAGUCAGUAUGAUAAAGUUCUAAGUGAGAAGAACCAGUGGCGUAACUACAGAGGAAGCAGACCGCUUGGCCUGGGGGGGGCGGGGCUGGUCUGCUCCCUCUGUAGGGGGGGCACAUGAAAUCUUGGAUCACCUGCGAUGAUUUUUGUGCAUUGUGGGUGACCUGCAGGUACUGCUGGAGGGGGUACACCAUUGAGAAGAACCAUGUCAUGCAGCAUGCUAAGUGCUUUACUUUAUAUUAUUGGUAGUUGGCAGCCCUUACCACUUAUUGUUUAAGGGACACUGGGGCAUUCAAUAAAUGAAACUCCAGCCGUGCCAGUGCUGGCAUUAUGUUGAUAAAUAAGCCUUAUGCAAGUUUAAAAAUACAAGCUUAGUUUAUCUAAUAUUUUAGAAUUUAUUACUUAUAUUAGCAUUUCCUAUUGUCUCAUUGUAAUGGAGCAGAAUCCAUACUUUCAUUGAUUUGUUUACAAUUAUUACUAUUAUUUCAUAGCUUGUAAGGCAACACCUUUAGUAGCAAAGUAGAUCACCAAGUGGAUUUAUCGUUUGUGCCUCUGUGAUUGUUCAGCGAGAGUGCGCCACCUGCUGGUUAGUGUCUGCAUUAAACACAUUCUACAUCUC